AUGCCACGUCCGGUCACGACCCGUCUCGGACGAAGCGCCGACCCGUUAACACCGUACGGUGCGCCGACCCUCUCGGCUCAGAGCGGACCGAGCUCGGCGGACCGAGUGGAGUGCAGCACCAUGUCAGGUGCCAAGGUGGAUCUCUCAGGAGGUGCCUCGGCACCACCGCCGACGCAUGGCUAUGGCGGCUAUGGUGGAGGUGGCGUGGCGCAGCCGAUGGUCGAAGCCGCUAUGCAAGACCCCACGGUGCAGCAACACAUCAAGGAGGUGGCUUAUCAGCAGGCCUCCGCGGGCUAUGAGGCGGCGAAAGUGGCUGGAGCCAUGGCCGCUGAGGAGCUGGGGAAGUAUAUCCAAGAAGGCCCUGCCGGCAUCUCAGUGCUAUGCUUCUUAGGCGGCAUGGCCACGACCUUGAUCGGCUUGUUGGGCCUGCUGAACUUCGGCAAUGGCUUCACCUCUCCUUUUCAGUACGUGCUGAAUGCCUACCUCAUGGUCUUUGGCAUAGUCACCUUCCUCUUAGAGGCAGAUGUGGAAAGUCUGCGAUCAAUGAAGGUCUUGGGCAGAUUGUCGCCCUGGGUGGAACGUUAUCAGCUUGAGGUCUUCAAUCGGGCCAACUUUCUGACCGAGCUCAGAGGCAGAGGCUUCUUCUAUGUGUUCAUAGGGACCUUGGCAGUGACACAGUGCUUUAUUUGCCUGACCUUCGUGGCUGGGCUCUGGAACCUCCUCAUGGGAAUUCUGUGUUUGCUGAUGAGCUUUGGCAUCAAUCCAGCCAGCCAUCUCCAAACACAGGGCCAGCCUGGCCAGCCCUAA